AUGCCGCCCAAACCCACAACCUUUCUCUCCGCUUUUCGAUCCCUCUCGAAAUCACCAAGAAACGUCCCUCUUCGACGACAACCUCUACUACCACAACGCCCACGACUCUUCCACACCACCCCUUUCCGUUUCCAAGAGCCCUCCAAACCCCUCACAGACGCACCACUGCAACCAAAGAACCCAACAAAAGUCCCCUCUCCGCCCUCCCAACCAAAACCGGAAUACGAAUUAACCUUCACCUGCAAACCCUGCGGUACUCGCUCCGCGCACCGCGUCUCGAAACAAGGGUAUCACCAUGGGAGUGUGUUGAUUACGUGUCCAGAAUGCAGGAAUAGGCAUAUUAUUAGUGAUCAUCUGAAUAUCUUUGGAAAAGGAAACCUCACAAUAGAGGAUUUGAUGAAAGAGCGUGGACAAUUGGUUAAGAAGGGGACCUUGAGUGAGGAUGGGGAUCUGGAGUUUUGGGAGGAUGGGACGCAGACGGAACAUAAGAAGGACGUUGGAGGGAAGGAGAAAAAGCAGGGUGAGAUAGGGGAUGGGCCGAAGGUUUAA